AUGGCAGCUACGGCGUCAGCGCCGCCUGCCCUCUCUCCGGGCCAGGCGACGCUCGAUCACGACGACAGUGCCAUUUCCAGCCCGCUAACCGACGGCCCUCUGACCGAAAUCGGGGAGGGAGACGGCGCCGAGUCUGUCGAUGGCAUGCAGCUGGACCCGUCUCUGUCAAAUCAUGACGACGCGCUCGACUCCGACAGCAAUCUGUCCGAGGUUCACGAUGAGGCCAACGAUACCGAGGCGGAGACUGAGCGUCUUUACGACUCCCCGCAGGCCCAACGUCACAAAGACGUGGUCGUCAAUCAGUUCAACGACGGCCAAGUCUUUGAACGCACCCCGAGCAAGCUUAAAAAGACAUUUUCCAUCGACGGCGCCGACGAUGGCGACGACGACAGUCUUUCCGAACGGGACGAUGCGUCGAUGACCUCCAGCCACCCUGACGAGGCAUCUCCCAGCAAGCCCAAGAGGUCCACCGAGCUCCCCUCUACUGAGGACACAUCUGAGAGCAUUGAUAGCAAGAAGCGAAAGAGGUCUCCCGUCGCAGAGUCCUCUGAGCCGGGCCAACCUUCAAGGAAGCGCACCGGCUCGGUCGUUCCUCAAGAGCAGGAGCAACACAAGCAUGACGUGGACAUGCACCAAGACGAAGCCCCAUCCGCAAAUUCGCACAGCGGCGAUCACUCCGCGACCGAUGAUAACGCGCCCGAGCUUCCACCUGGCAAGCGUGGCCUGUCGCGCGACGGUCACAGCCCCGUCAAGGACUCGCAAAUAACCAAGAAGAUUACCCGCAACGGUAGCAGGCGCAAGGGCAAUGCUGCCGAGGCCCACGAACACGACAGCCAUGACGACCCACGCGAUGACGGCCGGGGUGACGAGGAGGUUGGGGUUCACGAUGACGAUCAUGCCGAACAUGAGGGUGACGAUGACGCGGAAGCGACGCAUGACGAAGAACUAGAGAAGAGGCGUGCAGCCGUCGAGGAAUGGACUGACCUGGAAGAAAAGUUUGUGCUCUUCCGUGAGCGAUUAUACAAGGAUCGACUAGAGCGCCUCGAGCAGGAGGAGAGUUCUCUGCAAGCCGAACCACCUUCGCACCCCGAGUACCUCAACAUGAAGCAGUGCUUGGACGAGAGGCUUGACAAGAAGCUCCAGCACAUCAACAGGGAGUACGAGCUCUCGGUUGAGGGGCUCGAGCGACUCGCGGUUGCUCGCCGCGCCCAGAUUUGGGAUCAAUUCUACCAAGGCGUGCGGGAACAGCGCUCCAAGAUGCUGGAAGACCUGAACAAGGAGUGGUACGAGACGCAGAAUGCCAGGCGGAGCGCGCACAGCGUUCCAGACUAUGGUCUUCUGUUCCCCACAAAUCCCGCGCAGCGCACGAGGAAUGCUGUCGCGUACAACUCGGAGGUCUCCUUCCUCGCAGGCCUUGCCAAACACGAGGGCUUCCCCGCUGUUCCCUCCAUGCGAGGCGCCAACAUGUCGGAGAUCGAUGAUGAUUUGGAGGCCAUGAAGCGCAAUUCAAAGCCUCGCCAACGAUCGAUCAUGCAACCACUUGAGGACUAUCAAGCAGUCGCAUUCGGAGGUUCUCUAGGUCCUGCCGGUGAACAGUUCAUCAAAGACACCCCUUGGGCAAACCCAAAUCACAUUUCACACAAGAUCAACCCAGGUCCUACGGCGCAGGCAGUUCAUGCCAACAGCCCGUCGCAGGGGAAGACGGCCAUGGCCGGCCCAUCACAUCCACCGCCAGCGCUAUCUAACGGCCACCCUGUGCCGCAGACGUCGCCGCACACGAGUUUAUUCCCCUCGGCAUCCCCAGAGAUGGUACGGACAGCCAACGUCUUGACGCAGAGCGCUCAGAUGAAGCGCGCGGGUAGUCGGGCGUCAAAGGCAGCAAAGGAAACGGCGCCUAAACAAGAACCAGUUUCGGCGAUGGCAAGUUAA